AUGGCUCAUUCACAACACACAACCAAGUUCCAAACCCGACUGGAGACAUUCUUCGACAGCAUUUCAGGCAGCGUCAAUAGGCGCGUGGUUGCGCAAAUGCCAGAUGUUGCCCUGGGCGGUCAGGAGAUCAACAGGAAAACAUUGAAUUUGUGCACAACUGGCUGGGAAGAGCGCGACAGGGAAGCUGUGCUGAACUUCUUCAAUGAUGACUGGACUAGGGUUCUUGACACAGGCCUGUCCAUCACCCACUGGUGUCUUCCUGGUUGCUGCAACGACCAACAUGAGUGUGUCAGCAAGUGCAAGCAAAACUUGGAGCUCCUCUUGGGGAAAGCGCCGGACGUUCCACUCUUGUACAGAUGGAAGCAUUUUGAGCCGUGUUUGGAAUAUAGCUUCCGGGGGCUUGCGGUGCACCAAAUCUUUGCUCAUGCCCUUUGCUUUAUCCUUGGCGCAGAUGCAAACGAAGAAUUUUCAGCAGCGCUUGAAUUUGAUGAUGCAGAUGAAGAUCCAGGCCUCCGCCAGCGAGUCCGACUCAACAAAACCUACAAAUUCUUUGCCUCCGAAGGCUGUUUGGUAAAGCUUGCGAAAGCAGCAGCAGUUACCCGUCCUUUAGCUACCUACAUGGAUAAGGUGAGCUUUGUGGAAUCGGUGCGCCAAAGAAUCUACCUCCGCAAUCAAGGCCUUGUGUUGCCUCGCAGCAAAUGCACCGCAACCGUGGAUGAACUGAUUGCCAUGAAUCACGAAAUCAUCAGCGGAAAACUCGGUUGGCAAGCCGUCCGUGAGCUUUUCGAAAUGCUGAGAGCACCCGAUGGAGCAGACUGUUGGCUGCAGUGGCUAGGUCCAGUGCUGCAGUACCAGGAUUGUUUCCAGCUGAUAUUGCCGGCGAUGUGCAAUGCUUGGCGGCGGUGUUUCCUUACCAAAGCCCACUUUGGAGGAUCUUUGACGCUGUUGUGCUUAACACUGAGGAAGCCUUGGCUCACUGGACUCAUCUAA